GGGUGGUGGCGGGUGACACUUGCAAGGACCACCGCGCGGGGUCCUUUUGUCUUCCGCAAUGAUGAAUGGGUUCCAAAGUGGAUGACUGCAGAUUAGGCGACCAAAGUGGUAUGAGAUGUGGGGCGUUUUCAGCACAUGUCGUUGCCCCGGACACGUCACCCACGCAAGCCAUCCAUUGCGCACUUCACGCCGUCGUCGCUCUCCGUCAUCAUGCUCGUCGUCUUCACCAUGUCUUCAUGCGGCGGUAAUCGGGGCAAGAAGAGAGACAACUUGGAAGAGGAAGCGUCUGUGGUCGUGAAGAAAGGACGUCAUCAACCGAAGAACAAGAAGGCUGUUGCAGAGGGCCCUUCGAGGGGAAGUGCCGCGAGGGAUGACGAGUGGGUGAGGGAUUUCGAGGGCACGGGCGACGACGACAACUUCGUGUCCGAAACGGAGGUGGAAGCCGUCAGGCAAGCCGGGGAGGGGGUUCGCAAGGCUGACGUAGUCAUCGAUGUGGACGCUGGUCACGCGGCGAGGGAGGUCCAACAGGAUGCUGCUCCACAGAUGGCGCACGUAGGGGGGGGCGUUGCGAGGACACGUGUGACUGCACCGCCUGACGUGCAAGAUUCCGUGGGGGUGCAAUCACUCCCAACCACACCACGUGGCCAAGCAGUUCCGGAGAAGGGAGGGGCCGCGAAGGUGGCGGUGCAAGGAAGUGGCCACGGUGCACAUUUGCAAGACCCUAUCGCGUCGCAGGGCGGUGUCGUGGCGGGAUCAACUAGACCGACGACAGUUGCAGCAACUGCAGAGAGCCGUGGGGAAGGCGACUACGACGAGCCUGUGGUGAAUAGGCAACGGCGGGGGGGAGUCGCCACUCCCGAGAUCCAUCAAAGUUUACCCCUCCCUCACUCAAGUAUCCCACAGCACAAGAUCGCAGACGAAUCGCAGUUGAAGGUGGCGAAAGACAGGGCGGUGAAAGUGGAGAGCAUCACCUUGCACGUCAUCCAUAGAUGGAUCUUCAAGUCCACGAGUCGCUCACGGGGCUACCACUCCGCAUACGGGUACAUCCUCAACCACGCGGUGACGGACAUGGCCCGUGUCAUGUGGCUUGGAGAGGACUGGUGCACGUGUGUGAGCCCCGCUAUCUGCCACAUCACACUGGAGAUGGACAUGAAGCUCCCCAUUUGGUUCGUCGGCACACACAUCGAAAACAACCACGAGGACGACGAGUUGGCACGCUACCAAGAGGCGAGCAUGUUGCGCCUGGUGAGCGCCUUCACUAGUGCCGUCAGUUUGGCAGAGGGGGUCGACGGGGGUCGCAUCCCCUACACAAUGCUAAGGAACAUCGCCGACGUUAUGAGGCUUCUACUCGCGGCGUCUAUGUGGCUGAUGAGGAUGAACGGGGAUGAUCUGCAUUCCCAUUUCCGAGUCGAUGUGUCGUUGUUCAUGCAGCUCACCGCGAAGCCCACACUGGUGGCGGCCAUGCAUUGGUGUUUCGAUGCUCGUCGCCAUAUCCUUCAGGCAGCCACCGUCGUGGCGGAGAGGAUGGGGAAACCCGCCAUGAUGUUGGCGGACCCGCCUCUGUACAUCCCGGACUGGGCUGCCUACGAGAUCACAUUCAGCCAUGACGCCACUCUUCCGUCGCCGAUGGCCACGAAAAAGCUGGAAUGGUUGGGCACUGGCCCCUCGGAGGACGAUGACGACAAAACAACGCGUGAUGACAAGGAUGGGGCGGGGUAGAGAAGCACAGUCGGUGUCGCGUUGUUGGGUGCGUCAGGGGUCGGCCACGCAACGACG